AUGAUGCUGCUGCAGCCCCUCGCCUACAGCCUCGCCUGCUACCCCCUCACCUGCUAUCCCCUCGCCUGCUAUCCCCUCACCUGCUAUCCCCUCACCUGCUACCCCCUCGCCUGCUAUCCCCUCGCCUGCUACCCCCUCGCCUGCUACCCCCUCGCCUGCUAUCCCCUCGCCUGCUAUCCCCUCACCUGCUACCCCCUCGCCUGUUACCCCCUCGCCUGCUAUCCCCUCGCCUGCUACCCCCUCGCCUGCUACCCCCUCACCUGCUAUCCCCUCACCUGCUAUCCCCUCGCCUGCUACCCCCUCGCCUGCUAUCCCCUCGCCUGCUACCCCCUCGCCUGCUACCCCCUCACCUGCUACCCCCUCACCUGCUACCCCCUCACCUGCUAUCCCCUCGCCUGCUACCCCCUCGCCUGCUACCCCCUCGCCUGCUACCCCCUCGCCUGCUAUCCCCUCGCCUGCUAUCCCCUCGCCUGCUAUUCCCUCACCUGCUAUCCCCCCACCUGCUACCCCCUUGCCUGGAGCCUCGCCUGCAUCCUCGCCUAUUCUCGCCAUCAAGUUCUACCAUCGGAGCAAGACCAGAGCCUUGCUGUGUCCAGAUAA